AAAAAGUUAAUAUAUCAACAAAUAUAAGAUUUGAUUACUUCCUAAUUUUCCUUCCAUAUAUAUGAUUUUGAUAGAAUAAAAUAAGUUCCCUAAUUGAUGGAAGCACAUACUCUUACUUACUCUCGGUACUAAAAUAAAAUAAAAAUGGUAUCCAUUUUCAAAGUCGCAUAGACUUUUGCUCCCAGUGGGUGUAGUUUCGAAGGCUCAUCAUCAAUGGCGGACGCAUACUUCUUUCUUUUCUUUCUCCUUCCUCUGCUUCUUCUGGUCGUGCUCUAUUUCCUGGUUAAACCGCGACCGGUGAAGAUCCCUAUCAAGAAUCGGCACGUGUUUAUCACGGGCGGAUCCAGCGGCAUCGGGCUGUCUCUGGCACACCGCGCGGCGGCGGAGGGCGCGCGUGUGUCGAUAUUGGCGCGGUCGCUGGGGAAGCUGGAGGAGGCGCGAAAUGCGAUCCGGCUGGCGACGGGGAUCGAGGUGGCGCUAUUCGCGGCAGACGUGCGGGACUUCGAGGCGGUGAAGCGCGCGGUGGACGAGGCAGGGCCAAUCGACGUGCUGCUGCUGAACCACGGCGUGUUCGUAGCGCUGGAGCUGGAGAAGAUGGAAUUGAGUGAGAUAAAGUUCACCAUGGACGUCAAUCUCAUGGGAACGUUGAACCUCAUCAAGGCCGCGCUUCCCGCGAUGAAAAACCGGAAGGACCCGCUGCCCGCUUCCAUUGCCCUUGUUUCCUCACAGGCCGGUCAGGCGGGCAUUUAUGGCUAUGUAGCUUACUCAGCAAGUAAAUUUGGUCUCCGUGGUUUAGCAGAAGCAUUGCAACAAGAGGUUAUAGCUGAUAAUAUUCAUGUUUCUCUGAUUUUUCCUCCGGAUACAGAUACUCCAGGAUUAGCAGAAGAAAACAGGAGAAAACCGGAGCUCACCAAAAUCAUUGCAGCCUCAUCUGGUUGUAUGACAGCUGAAAAAGUUGCUCAGAAAGCUUUGGAUGGUAUAAAAAGUGGCAGCUUUAUUGUUUCUUGCAAUUUGGAGGGAAUUGCGCUAUCCCUAGCAACUGCAGGUUUAUCCCCUCAGAGGUCUUUCUUGAUGGCCUUUGUUGAGGUGGUUGCUGCUGGAAUUCUACGGAUUGUUGCACUAGGCAUGCAGUGGACUUGGUAUGGAAGUAUAGAGAAAUAUCACAGCCAAAGGAAGGGUUCAACCCGGAGUAGCUGAAACAGAGUCCUAUGCCCCAUUUUAGGAGUUAUAUGCAAGAUACUGGGAUGCUGCCUUCUUCCACUCUGAAAUUCAAAUGAAAGUUAACGAAUUAGAUCUCGAUAAACAUCAAGUUGAUUAAGUUUUGUUUUUUUUUUUAACUUUUCUUCCGUUUUCUAACAUAUGUUAAGUAAAGACAGGUUAAGUUACAUGUUCAGGUUCAGUAAUACGCUAUGGAUUGGAUAGGAUUGAUGUAUAUUUUCUUUAAAAAAAGUUUGGUCCUCAUUUCUUUUUACGUUUUUAUUUUGUUCGGCAAUAAUAUUUUGUCCUCCAUAAAA